AUGGCCGACUCCGCCGACGAUGAACGCGAAGAAGAACUUUCCUCGAUCGCCGCCAUUUUCCCCGAGCUAGUACUCGAUCCUACGAACCCGUUCAAAGCUUCCAUCGACCUCACCGUUGCGCCCCAAGCUCCGCUCGCCGUUACCUUUCCGCCCGCCGUCGAUGGCGCUCCACCCAAAUCUCUCCCCACGCCACCCACCUCCGACAAUGAAGGCCCCGCUCCAGUCAGCGCGCCGAAACCGCUCGCCCAAGACAUUCAUCGCCUGUCGUACCUCCCGCCGCUGCGCUUACUGGUGACGCUGCCGGACGGCUACCCCGCCGAUAAGCCGCCACAGUUCGACCUCUCGACCUCUCCGAAAUGGCUGCCGGACGCGACGUUGCACAAAUUGGUGGACGAAGGGCCCGUUCUGUGGGAGGAAUACGGUCGGGGGCAGGUGGUUUUUGCGUAUAUCGACUUCCUGCAGCAGGCGGCCGAGCACUGCUUCGACUUGGUCGGCGAUGAGGGCGCCGUGAUCGAGGUUGCAGAGGACAUGAAAAUCCCGCUGUUGGACUACGAUAUCAAGGCCAAGCGCGAGAAAUUUGAGCAGGAAACCUUCGACUGCGGCGUCUGCCUCGAGCCGAAGAAGGGUUCCGUGUGCUACCGUCUCAUGCGCUGCGGGCACGUUUUUUGCGUCGCCUGCCUGCAGGACUUUUACACCAAUUGCAUCAAGGAGGGAGACGUUUCGAGCGUCAGGUGCCUGGAUCCGACUUGCGGAAAGGAGGAUAAGAAAAAGAAGUCUGAGCGGACCAUCAGCCCGGGCGAAUUGCUGCAGAUACCCAUCGAGCAGGAGAUGGUCAAACGCUAUGUCGAGAUGAAGCGCAAGAAGAAGCUCGAAGCAGACAAGGACACCGUUUACUGUCCCCGAAAAUGGUGCCAAGGGCCGGCACGGUCGAAGAAAUACCCUAAAAUCACCGAUCUUACACAGCUCGUCGAAUCCGAUUCGGAAGGGGAAGAGGAAUCUGGCGGUCCGCCGCGUGACAGAGUCGAGGAGCAGAUGCGCGGGUCAAAAUCUGGCGACCGGCUCGCUGUCUGUGAGGAUUGCGAGUACGCGUUUUGCCGCGUGUGCCUAGGCGGCUGGCACGGCGAGUUCGUCCGCUGCUACCCGCGCAGCUCGACGGAGCUGACCGAAGAGGAGCAGGCGUCGUACGACUACCUGCGCCUGCACACUUCGCAGUGCCCAACGUGCUCGUCGCCGUGCCAGAAGACGCAUGGUUGCAACCACAUGUGCUGCUUCCAGUGCCGCACUCACUUCUGCUACCUCUGCGGCGCCUGGCUCGCCCCGGACAACCCGUACCAGCACUUCAACAACAAGAACAUCGGCUGCUUCAUGCGCCUGUGGGAGCUGGAAGAGGGCGACGAGGGUGGCAACAACAACAACAACAACAACAACAACAACGGCGACGUCCGCUUCGAAGGCGCUCGCGGCUGGGAGGCCGCCAUCGCCGCCGUCAACGAGGCCGACGCACAUGCGGCCCAAGCCGCUGAAAACGCGGCUGCCGCCCCCAAUCCUGCUGCCGGGGACCAGAACCGCGCAGCAGCUCUUCCGCCUGCGCCGAUGCCACCGCGCGCCGAGAACGAUCCGCCUCUGGUCGUCGAGAUGAACCAGCUCAGGAUAGCCGCGCCGCAAGGCCAACAACCACAGCAGCCGCAGCGUCGCGCUCACCCGAACCGGCAGAACCGCAACCCGAAUGCGAAUCAGGCAGCACGCCGGAAUCCGUUGCCGGUAGGCGGCGCCGAAGCUGACGGUGCUGCUGGCCGCAAUGUGCGGUUCAACCGCAACAAUGCGCGGGUGGGCAGGGCGCAGGCUGGCCAGCAGGCGGACGACGCCUUGCAGCGCUUUCUCGCUGCAGCCCAGGCAGAUGAGGAAGACGGUUGGGACAGUGAUGAGCUUGAUGGCGAUGGCGAUGAAGCUUGGAUUAUCCCGGAGCGGUGA